AUGUGGACCUGUGCUCUUCAGGAGCAGCAUUUUGAUUUUCUCUUCAUUUACGAUGGCUGCUUCUCUGAGACAGAGGUUUCUCACGGGGCGCCUCCCCGGGCAUCCUCCGGGGGCGACCCGGGUCACGGGGGCGGCACGGGGGCCGAGGAAGUGCUCCUGAUGGAGGGGUUUCUGUUUAAGAGGACUAGGAGUGUGUUUAAAACCUGGAACAGGCGGUGGUUCAUCAUACAGAACAAUCAGCUUCUCUACAAGAAGAGGUUUAAGCAUGACUUCACGGUGCUGGCUGAAGACCUGCAGCACUGUUCGGUCCAGAGCUGCGAGGACGCCGGGCGACGCUUCUGCUUCCACGUGGACACGCCCACAAGGAGCUGUACGUUCCAGGCCGACUGUGAGGCAGGUAGACAGGCGUGGAUCAGCGCCAUUCAGAAACGGACUCAGAGUAAAGAAACAGUCGAGAGCGAGGAAUCAGACGGGUACAAGGACAAUUUGAAAUCAGACUCCAGUGAUACGUUGUCGGACGGGGAGAUUCAGUUGGAGGACUCUGACUCUCAGGGACCGCGGGCGUCUUCUGAAGCUCCAGGUGGGAUCAGUUCUGGAGAAGUCGUCUGUGAUGCUCUCGAGAACAAGGAUGCUGAAGGAGAAACCACCAACGGAGAACGUCAAGAGGAGAAGACGACCGACAUGAACCCGGACAGCUUUGAGAGCCGAUAUACCGAUGGAGAGCUGCUGGGAAAGGGAGGCUUCGGUUCAGUCUACAAAGGUGACCGUAAGGCGGAUGGGAACCAGCAGGUAGAAGUUCCAUGCGCUGUACCCGAGACAGACGACACCACAGAGGGAACGUCACGUGUGGUUUAGGACGUCUCUGAGCUGCACA